AUGGCUGACGAAACCGACUUUAAGAGCGAAUUGUACAAAGUCUCUGUGUCUCCGUUUGUCCUGGAGCGUAACGGGGACUAUGACAACGCCAUCGUUGCAUACCGCAACGCCACAGAGAUAUUAGGCGUGCUGGUCAAGAAGCUGAAGAAAUCGACGGCCCCAAAGAUCAAUCGCAAGAUGUUCGAGCGACAGAUCAAGGUACACGGCGAGCGAUUGGCCUACCUUGAGGGCCUAAAAGCAAAAGGAAGUUUCGAGGAUAUUAUAUUGCCGCCUACUGUGUUGGAUGCGAUGGCGGAAUUGGAAGCACCCCAGGGCUCGAGGACGCUGACCUUGGAUCGGAAAGAGCUCUAUGAACAUUCUAAGGGGCAUGGGAAGGGGGAGACGCCGCAGGCCAGCUUGGCCCCCGCCCAUCUUCAAGCGCUUGUCAACCCGAACUCCGAUCAAAUCCCAUUAUUCAGUCCCGCGCUCGAUCCAUCGACGCCACCGAUCGUUUACCGUAUCACGCACUCCUCGGAGCUGGUCGCCCUAGGCAUGCGGUCACACUGGUAUUUCGUCAAGGAUGCCAGCAACACUCACGUUCUCUACGGGCUGCAAGUCGUGUGGAGUGAUAGCGUGCCGAUCGUCAACGCGGUCCUGCGUCGCGCCGGGGAGUUCCUGCCGGGCAUGGGGGCCGUCGGAGUACGCCUCCGUAAGAUGCCCGGGGGCAGCUUUCGCGUCGAGACUACGACCCUGCCGGACAUCGGAGCCAUCAUAGAGACCCCAGACGGGGCGAAGCAUCGAAAGGAUUGGUCUCCCCGACGAUUCAGCUACGGCGGGCGAAACUUUGUGUGGAAGGGCGGAGAGAAGGGCCUAUUCGGGUCGUUUGUCUGGGAGACGCUCCACGAGACCAAGCGAGUGUGGGCCAAGGAAGGCAGCAAGACCGGCAAGAUGGAGGACGAGACGGUUGGGCCGAGGCUCUGCUGGGGGGAGAAGAAGGGAGGCAACGGAGCGGACCACACCAUCUAUAUGGCUCACGGACUGGACAUGUAUUUCCGAGAGCAUUUGCUGGCCGUGCAAUUGGCAAAGCUGGGCCGACAAAGCUAUCCUCCUCAUAAGGACACGUCCAGCGUGGAGGCGGUCGGGGCAGGAUUCGCACUGGUGGGUUUUUUGGAAGCGAUUUCUUAA